UACAAGACUUCUUCUUUAGUAUUUCUCUCUAAUACACUCCAUUCUCUCAAAAGAGCUCCAAGUGUAGACUAUUGCUGACUCAAGUGUAGACUAUUGCUGACUCAAGUGUAGACUAUUGCUGACUUAAGCAUCGGAGUGUCUACCCUGAGGACCACCCUCGGGGCUUUGCAGGUUUAUUGGACGAGAAGAUCUAAGCAAGGAAGGCCUCGAAGGUUUUCUGCAACAACAUUGGCGCCAUUUGUGGGAAACGAAUAAAAAGCUUCAUUUCUAUGUUGAUCUGAUUGAUUGGAGGGAGGAGAAAACGAGUGAAGGCCUCAUGGCCUAUUCACUUGAGUUGUAGAAGCAGAUCUGAUGAAUUUACACUUGAGUUGCAGAAGUUUACACUUGAGUUGCAGAAGCAAAUGUGAUGAAAAGGGUCUAUUCACCCAUGAAGAAGAGAAGCUUUCGCAAAAGGACAAAUGAGGGAGUAGCUCUGCACAACUAUCGAGUUGGUGAUAAUGAAAAUGAAGGAAACAGAAAUGGGGUUGGAGGGUGUGGUGAAGAAAGGCAUGGAGUUGGGGGAGAUGGCAUUCAGCAAAGACGGUGGAGUCAUCAACUAGUUCCCCGUUCACAUGGCUGCCGCCACCCGCGCCAUCCGCCAAUGCCUCAAGCUCUCUGUCCUCAUCAUCAAAGUCCGAGAUUCCCAAAAUACCAUUAUCCUCUGCUCAUAAAGAACUGCAACCUCAGCUCUCAACUAAAAGCUUGCCAGUGUGAAAAUCCCUCUAAUCAGCUGCUAGGGAACAAAAGCCUAUGCAUCUUGCUCGAGCACGAGCUGAAACAACUUGCUGGAGCACGAGGUGCAAAUAUCCUACUUGAGCAUGAGCUGCUACAAACGUCUUGCUCGAGCACAAGCUACGAAUUACAGAAGUCCAAGCUACAAAUUGCACAAGUCCGGGGUGCGAGAUGCUUAUGCACGAACUGCGAAAUGUCGAGGUGCAAAAUGCUGGACCAUGAGCUGCAAGCUGCCGAGCCGAGGUUAGCCAUGAGCUUGAGGUCGAGCACGAAGUGCAGAGCUCAAACACUUGCUGCUAAGGUCGACCACGAAGCGCAGAACUUGAGCACGAGUUGCAGAGUUCAAACACUUACAGCCGAGGUCAGCCAUGAGCUUGAGGUCGAGCACGAAGUGCAGAGCUCAAACACAAGUUGCCGAGGUCAACCACCAGCUGCAGAGCUCAAACACUUGCUGUCGAGGUCGAGCACGAAGCAGCUCAAACAUGAGCUGCCGAGGUCAACCAUGAGCUGCAGAGCUCAAACACUUGCUGUCGAGGUCGAGCACGAAGUGCAGAACUUGAGCACAAGCUGCAGAGUUCAAACAUUUCCAGUUGAGAGGUCAACCACGAGCUGCAGAGCUCAAAUACUUGCUACCGAAGUCGAGCACGAAGUGCAUAACUUGAGCACGAGCUAUAGAGCUCAAAACACUUAUUGCCGAGAGAUUGAGCAUGAACUGAAAGAUGUGCAGCAUGAGCUGCAAGGUGUCAACACCCUCAACAAGGUUGUCAAGAAAGCAAUUGAGCUCCGCAGCAAAUUACAGCUUUGGCCCAAGCUUGGUCCAAUCUUAUAUUGAAAUUUAUUAUUAAUUGCUUUCCGCAUUCUUUGCAUUCAUUCCACAUUUUUCCAUUCAUUAUGCACUUGUUUUUGCAUUCAUGAUAUCAUUUUGCCAUCUCAUUUUUUAUAUAUCAUAAUCAUGCCAUUUUGCUCAUUUGCACUCAUGAUUAUAAAUAUACAUUGCUAUU